AUGUCGAGCUGUGAUAAAACUCCCGAGGUGGAUCUCAGACACAUCUUGAAGAUGAACAGGACCGAGAUUUCAAUGGCCAUCGAUGAUCUCUUCCCAUUUCUACAUGGACUGGUGGAUCACGAUGUCAUCACAGAGCAAAUAUUCAAGGAAACAUUACAGCUGAAGGAACAGAAGGGUAGCAACAAGGCUGUGUACACUGUCCUCACAUGGAUCCUGGAGAAGAGCAAUGGAUCCAUCAGUGAGUUCUGGAAGAAUCUCUUCAAAGAUUACAAUCUGGAGCGGUACCCCAAACUCCAGCCAGUUUACCACAGCUUUCCAAAAGACUUAGAUCUUAAUAAACUGAGACGAGGAAGGAAGACCCCCAGAAUGUCUCCCAAUCAGAUAACAACGAGGCCUCCACUAAAACGAAAAUCUCCCGAGGAGUCACCAGUCAGUGCAGCCGGCAUGAAUACAAAAUGUAGCAAUAAUAAGGAGACACCAGCCCAGGAAGGAGGGCGAGGAGUUGGAGCGAUAUUGAAAGGAAGAAUCGCGAGAAAAAUAGAGAACACUAACAUUGUCAGAGUGCCUCAAAGAAGUGGAACACAAUCAGUUCAAAGAGACAGCAAUCUUGCAACCAAUGAGCUUUCUGCCUCGAAUGCUAAUGUUAAAGGAAUUCUCAUCAAGCAAGUCUUAGAAUCAGGAAUUUCCAAAAAGGGAAUUAAGGAUACUGGAGAAACUCACACUGUCAGUAAGCCUGAGGAUCCCGGAGGGAAGAGUCGGAGUAAGGCCUGGAAGUUGGGCACUCGCUGCAGAGGAAUACCCCAGGCACAGAAAAACGAUGAUGAGUGCGCAGUGUGCAGAGAUGGAGGUAAACUGAUCUGCUGCGAUGGUUGUCCAAAGGCCUUUCAUUUAGGCUGCCUUGUACCUCCCCUCACAGAAAUACCCAUUGGUACCUGGAGAUGUUUAUCCUGCACUAACAAAGGUGGUGACACCCGAGCUACAUUAUCCUCAACAUCUGAGAAGAAUCAGCAAUCGCAGAGCACAGCAGGAGUCCAAGUGGUCUUAUAUCAGCAGAAGUUGGUGGGAGAGUUGGAGCAGCUGCUGAGAUCAUCACCAUUUACCAACAAAGAACAUCCUCCUAGCAUUGGACUGCCAUCCACAGCAAUAACCACAGCACCAUCUUCAACAUCCUCUUCAGCUUCAUCUUCCUCUUCAGCUUCUUUUACUGCCAAUCAGAAACAGCGGAUCCUGUUGCAGACCCGUGAAAAUCAGCCCCUGAACCCCAGCUGUGGGGUGUGCAAAGCUGGAGGAGAUCUGAAAUGCUGCACCCAAUGCCAUGGAGGCUUCCACUCCCACUGCCAUUUCCCUGCCGCCCCUGAGGACAUGAGGACGGGGAGAUGUAUCUCCUGUACAAACACAACAGUGCUGAACACAUCUACUGAGCCUGAGUUACAACUGAAGCCCCCAACCACACAAACAGCUACGGCUGUUGAACAUGAAACAGAAGUAGAUUCAUUUAUUAAUGAGCAGCUCUUCAACAAGGAAGAGUUUGACUCAAUUCUCCGAGAGAGCUCGAUCGAUGGCAUCUUGCAAUGGGCUUUGCAAAACAUUCCCAGGCCCGUGUCUGAGAACCCAGGCCUUAAUCAUUAAUGGAGGCCUUCUUCUGUGGAGAAGCUGAUCUAAUCUGAAUAGAAAGCUACACCUGUACUGAAGAGGAGUGAACAGGACAUUAUUUUGCUAGUGAGGAAAAUGCAACUGUUGUUCAAUGACAAGCUCAAGGAUUGUACUUUAGUUUGCAUCAUUAGCUGCCCUGCACAUAUACAUUCAAAGGGAAGCUGCUUUUUAUUGAAUUAUGUACAGCACAUGUAGCUGAUAUAAUUUGUGACUUUAAGCUUUAAGUUAUUUAAGCAACUUUAGAACAAGCAAAUGUUGCUGAGAGACACGUCAUGAUUGUUUGCUACAACAUUGUUAUCUGCGCCUCCUUGUUUGGCAUCUUAUUACAGGAAAAACAGUACAAAAUACCUGUUUUCAUCCUUUGAUGUGGUUGACUUUAGUGUAACAAAACACUCCAUGGGACUUCACAGAGAAAGUAAGGGGCAGACACUGCAGAGUGGAUUUCAUGUUCUUAUACUAACAAGCCAAGGAUCCAAUCUCCACUCACCACAUGAAACACCCUGGCUUUGGUGGGAGACGUAACUAAUACCAGUAAUGUGGAAGUAAUGGGUUUCAAGUCAUUUUAAAAGUAGUCAAUGAAGAGAAGAAGCACUUGAAGAGAGUAGGACCAAUAUGGCCCAGAGCUCUAGUGCACAAAGUGGUAGUGGAUCGUUGAGGGUGGAUCUCAAUGUAAGUGCAUGGGAAAAGGUAUAGAGGUAAAGAUGUUUCCAGAGAUAGGGAUACAUCCGAUUUACAUUUGAAUAGUGAGAGUCAGUGUAACUCAGUAAUGAGGAUUCUGAAGGUGAGACAGUGGAGCAAAUGUAGUGGAGGGUGAGAAAGAAUGGAUAAAGUAAAACUUUGUGCAAUUUGUAACUUUUGGAAGCAUAGAUAAUGGGUUGUAACUUGAGAUGAAGCUGCCUUCUCCUCCCUUUCCUCAUCUUUGGUGACAUAGGUGAUAAUCUUUCCUAAAAUGAUCUGCUCAUCUAUCUUCCAUAAAAAUAAGCUUUUUCAAUUAAUUCUUCUUAAUCUCUCCCUUCCUGGCUCAGUAUCUGAAAUAACUACACAGAGGCCAAUAUCCCAUCACCAGAUUGUCCUUUAUUUAUACAUGAACAGUCCUUGACUUUAAUACUGCCUCAUACAGAGUCAAGCAUCAGAGUGUCAGUAUCCUUUUCCUAUGUCAGCAAGGGCUCCUAACUGGACCAGAUUUACAGCCCCAAUCAGGGAACUCAUAUUCUAUGAGGUCCAGCUGGCCGAACUCAUUACAGUACAGUAUCUAUUAUCUUUAUGCUUAUCUGUGGAAGUCUUGGGACAUGAUAAAUACACUAUUAACACACCAAAUGUUGUAGUUGUUCUAGUGUAACCAUACACAAGUGAUGUAGGGGAGGAGAAGGGAGAAGAAGUUGAAUGAGAUCUUUACACAGGAUUGAGUCAACAAACAGUGGCCUUCUGCACAAGUAAUUAAUUCUUUGUCACACAUGAUGAAGAGGUGAUUAUAUUGUUUUGAAAGAUAGUUUUGACAGGCUGUUAGGGAGAAAGUUUCAAUAAUUCAGCAAGAAUUAUUCUAGUUUACAACAUUUUUACCUUGUAAUUUGCAUUACAUUUAGCAUUUAUACAUGAAUAUAUUUUGGUUAUGUGUUUGUAAUUGACAACCAUGAUUAGGUUUGCCCAGAGCAACUGAGGGUUGGAGAUCCUACUUAAUGUCACCUGAAGGUAUCUAUUCGGUGGCUACAGGUGUUUUUGCAUUGAAAUAAAGGGGAAAUAACAAAUUGGUUUAGUCUAAAUUAAUUUCAUUUUGUUUAUUGAUUAAUUUGGUGAGUAAUUUACAAUGUUAUGUUUUUAGUUCAUUUGUAUCCUUCCUCAUGCAGAUCAGUUUGGCUCUUGGCUUGGACUUCAGGGAACCAUGAUGAGGUCCGUUCUGAGGUAAUCACCGCAGUGAGAGAGAGAGAGAGUUAGUACCAUUUUGAUGGUGAUGAGGACCUCAACAGUGACUGGAGUGAUUGAGCUCAUAGGUAGAUGCAAAAAUGUUGGGAUGUUAAAAGUGUAGUUGCAAGUGAGCUGUGAGAAAGCUUUUUCAAGGGAGAGGGCAAAAACAGAAAUUAAUUUGCGAGGGGACAGGGCAUGUGGCUGGAGGUCAGAACUGGAAAAUGAUCAGAGAUGGUGCUGGCUGUGAUUUACAUGAUGGGAUUAGGGACAUCACUUGAGAUGGAAUGUCAAGCGGGUGUAUGGCUUUGAGUCCCUGUAUGACAGGAGGGAUUAAGCGUGGAAAGGAAGGUAAUGAGCUCAGAGAAGUGACACACAACGAAUUGCACUGAAAGUCAAAUUUAUCAAGGAUAAAAAAGUUGCUCAGUGAUGAAAGUAGUGAAUAUGCAUGAGUGAGAAAUGCUUUAUGGUUCUUGGUGGGUGGGAGAGAACAACGAUUUGGAUUGAAAGAUGAAAAGAAUGGAACAAGGAGAAGAAAGUAUAGAGGAAGAGUGGAACAGACCAAGGUGCAGUUUGAUGAUAUGAGCCACAGCCUGGAGAAGGCAACGUGAUUGAAGAUAUAACUACUGAGGGCAGGCUUAAUUUAGAAAGAAGUUGUCAUUCCCCUGUCACCAGGUUUACAUUAUGACCAUUAUAACAAUGCACAAUUAGCUAAAACAUGGCAAGCAAUGUUACCUCUAAACUCCGAGGGUCCUCUCAUGGCAAUUGGCAUGCAUUUUUCUGGACUCAAAAAGUAGCAUUUUCUCAUAUGCAUCAGUGAGCUUCAACUCCGAAUAUAUCCUCCUCUUUUAAAAGCUGCAACUAUUUUUUCCUCAUUUCCCAUCCACCAUCUAAAAACAAAAUAGUGUUCUUACUGUUAGGCUUGGAAAAUACUUUGAAGAACUUCUACAGUGAUGUCCUGCAGGCUGAGAUGACAACAACCACCAACACCAACUUCCUAAAUGCUUGAUAUGACUUCGACCAAGAUAGAACGUUCCCCCCUGAUUCCCAUUGACCAGUUUUUCUAAUUAUUGCGAUGAUGGUUGAAACAGAUUAUUGCAUUUAUGACUACUGUGAUGUUUCUGAUGAUUUUGCAGGUGACUUUACUGAAAUUUGGAGUGACUGUGUCGCUGAUGAUAGCAGUGAUAACCAUUGUGAUAUU